CGCCGCAUUCCUUCCGUCCGCCAUUUUAGGUUGGGAUCAGCGAGGCGGCGCCAUUACCGCGCGAGAGAGAGAGGAGAGAAAAGGAACUGUGAGAGAAAGAAAGGAAGGAAAAAAGAAAAAAAGAGGAGAGUAAAAGCGAGGCUGCGUCAACUGCUGUGUUUUGAGCCGACUUUCCUCCCUGUUUUGCCGAGUCCCGCUUUCUCCUCAACUCCCAAUAUGUCUGACCAAGAGUUCGUGGGAGACGCAGGGGCUGCAGAGGCCUAUGAGGAGGAGGCCGAGCAGCUAGAGGGAGUCGCGGUCGGCGGGAACGACGAAGAAGACGGCGCGGAAGGCGGGGGCGGCGGAGGGGGCGGCGGCGAAUCCGAAGGCGCCAAAAUCGACGCCAGCAAGAAUGAGGAGGAUGAAGGGUACGUUGGGAAAAUGUUCAUUGGAGGCCUUAGCUGGGACACUACGAAGAAAGAUCUUAAGGACUACUUCACUAAAUUUGGUGAAGUUGUGGAUUGUACCCUGAAGCUGGACCCUAUUACAGGACGAUCAAGAGGCUUUGGUUUUAUAUUGUUCAAGGAGGCUGAGAGUGUUGACAAGGUUAUGGAUCAGAAAGAACAUAAAUUGAAUGGCAAAGUGAUUGAUCCUAAAAGAGCUAAAGCAAUGAAAACAAAAGAGCCAAUUAAAAAGAUUUUUGUUGGGGGCUUGUCUCCAGAUACACCUGAAGAGAAAAUAAGAGAAUACUUUGGAGGAUUUGGUGAAGUGGAAUCGAUAGAGCUUCCCAUGGACAAUAAAACCAACAAGCGCCGAGGAUUUUGUUUCAUUACUUUCAAAGAUGAAGAGCCAGUGAAGAAAAUUAUGGAGAAAAAAUACCACAAUGUUGGUCUCAGCAAGUGUGAAAUAAAAGUAGCCAUGUCAAAAGAACAAUAUCAACAGCAACAGCAGUGGGGAGCCCGAGGGGGAUUUCCAGGAAGAGCCCGUGGUCGUGGAGGACCCAAUCAAAGCUGGAACCCAGGAUAUAGUAAUUAUUGGAAUCAGGGCUAUGGCAACUAUGGAUACAACAGUGGAGGCUAUGGUGGCUAUGGAGGCUAUGACUACACAGGCUACAACAACUACUACGGCUAUGGAGAUUAUAGCAUAUACUGCACAAAGAACUGCCAGGGCACACUGAAGGGGAAAAAGAUGGGAGAAACAAGCUGGCUCAAGCAGAAAGCUGGUGCACCUACUUGCAAAUCAGCAGGGUGGUUACGGGAAGGUGUCUCGGAGAGGAGGUCAUCAAAAUAGCUACAAGCCGUACUAAAUUAUUCCAUUUGCAGCCUAUCCCAAACAGCGGGAACUUCCUUGCAGGCCCUGUGUCGCGCUGACUUCCCGAUUCUCACAGGCCCGCUCAAUGCGGACAGGGUACGAGAUGCUCACGCUCUCGAAUGCUGCCGUUUGGUAUGGUCUCUUCCAACAUCCUGUAUCAGCAUUAUAAUAAAAUGGAUACUUCAAGCUUUGCCUUCACUUAUUUCUUUGCUUGUAAAACAGACUACUUGUAAUGUAAUUUUAAUGCAUUUUUUACAGGCCCAGUAAUGGUUAAAUACGUCAACUUACUGAAUAAUUUUAACUGUUUGUUCUUCUAAGGAUACAGCUUGUCUCUGGAUUUUCCAGUCUUAAUUUUAUAUUUUAUUAUUAAUCUAUUUUAAUGCUUGCUUUUCCCAUUUUUAUAGACGUUGUAGCCGUAAUUGCAAGAUGUUCUUGAGCUGAAGUCCUGUUGUGUCAAGUCCUCUGACUUUUCAAUAUAUAUUUAUUUGUAGUAUACAUUUAACCUUUUCUUUUUGUUGUAUUUCUCAUAAUAGACAAGUAGCACUGUUUAGCUGGCCAGUAUAAGUCUUUUAACAGAAAUGUUGGGCCAAAGAUAGCCACUUGCCAAAUUAGCGCAACUUGGUGGUGGUCGAGUAUUAAUGGUUUGGGGAACUACUUGAUGGUAUUUGGUUGAAUAAACAAGUAUUUCUUGAGUAAUUUCAGACAUGUGGAAAGAUCCUUUUUCAAACAGUGGUGCACAUGUGGAUUUCCAGCUCAUGGACUCUCCUGUUCAGCUUUAAUUAAAAGGAGUAUUUGAUUAAUGUUGAUACAGUAUUUGCAUAGUGGGACAUAGGGGUAUCUAAACACUGUAACUUGGCUGCAAUUAAUGUCUUCAGAAAUUGACCACUCUUUCUUUUUCUCUAGGUGGACAAGCAGUAUUGUCAUUUGAAGAUUCAUUUUUGAGGUGGCUCAUGCUGCCUGCUAAUAGCAGUUCAAACUAAUUUUUUUGUAUCAAGCUCCUGAAUUGGAAGUAAGAUGUUGGUCCCCCGAAGUUUGAUUGCGUUGUCAUUACAGAAUUGCUUUCACCGUCUUAUUUUUUUAAUUGCUAUGCUUAAGAAUCAAUUUGAUUUAUGUCCCACACCCGUUUUGUACCCUGGUAUUGUAGAGCAAGUCUUGUGUUUAAAGCCCAGUGUGACAGUGUCAUGAUGUAGUAGUGUCUUACUGGUUUUUUAAUAAAUUUUUUUGUAUAAAUGUG